CUGAUCCAUGCACCACGAGCAGUAGGAAUCUCGCUAUUGACCGAAAUGUUUGAUAUGGAAGCAGAACUUGGCCAGCGCAGUCUACACACCGGGUCUUCCCUGGUCUGAGUAGCUCCAUCCAAGCUGCAUCAACCUCAACACAGCUCCAUGAGCCGCGCGACUCGAGGUGCAACUGGUCCGACUCCAGACGCCCGGCCACUCCCACCUCCACAUAUCCCAAGCACACCAGGAUACCCAGUCCCGUGGAGCUUGACAAACACGAGCGAUGUACUGAUAGAUACCGAUCAAGCAUGCUCACCUCACAUGCCGGUGAGGCUGACCACCCGGUACGUUUUCCCGUGGCAUUUUGUACAUGCAAGUUGUUGGCGAGGGUCAUAAGACGUUCGCAAAGGCCCAGCCGGAUGUCUGUCCGUUUAGUAUUAGUGCACCAGUUUGUCCAGUUGUAGGUGGGAUAGCUUGCGUUGUCGACUUCGAUCAAGCUGUUGGAAAGCAAUAUUAUAUCUACCGCUCUACAAAUAUCAUCUAGCCUUGAUCUUCAGUAUCCUUCCGGCUGACUGACGGGGUUUCCUUUUCCUUCAACACGAUGCAACUCUUAUAUUUUCUCGGAGUCUUCUCGUUACUAGUUCCUUCUACUUUCGCCCAUCCAGAAGCUCACGCUGAACCACAAACGUACUCGAAUAAUGCCCCAUUCUCUGGCGCUGUAUACAUCGUCGACCCCAAUGGGCAGCACGUAACUACUCAGAGCUCAGAUCUGUGCCCAAACACAGCUUCCGUAAGCUGCGGCGAUAUAAACCAGUGGGGUUGGUGUUGCCCCAGCGGUUACACGUGCGUACAGCCUGCAAAUCAAAAUAGCAUAUUAGGUUGCUGCCCGGCUGGAGGCAGUUGCGCUGGAAGUGUAAAUGUCGCCUCCGUCGAGACCGUGACCGUACAAGUACAACCAGCCACCCAGCAAACAACAGUAGCUGUCUAUAAUCAACCGCCACAAGCUACCGCCGCUGGAUUCUGCGCAACUCUGACGAUGGACGGUCCGGGUUUACCAACUGUCACACAAGGGUCGUGUGGCACGAUACUGAUAGUGAACGAUGGUGUGCAUUUCAAACCCCGUGGCUACGGCAUUGCUGGGAUCAUAUUUCUUGUACAGCUUGCGCUUGGGCGGAUGCUUCACCGCAUAUGA